UCCGUUAUUUUCCGGGUUGUGCUCAUCGCUAGCGGUAGUUGCGCUGCUGCAGCUGCCAGCUGACACUUGUACCGAGGAGGUGAGGUCAAAUUUGACUCUCUCUCUCUCUCUCUCUCUCCCUUUCUCCCUCUCUGAGUCUCUCUUUCUCUCCCUCCCUCCCUCCCUUUCUCUCUUUCUCUCUGUUUGUAUCUGUGAGGCUGCUAACUAGCGCAUCAUCAUCAUCAUCAUGGCGGAUCAAGGCGAAUCUCCGGCUCCUGUCCACCACCCGCAACCGGCGCUGACAACCAGCUGGCCAAUUACCAGGGAGUCGUACGAGCUGCAGGAAGUCAUAGGCAGCGGGGCCACAGCUGUGGUGCAGGCGGCCCUCUGUACCCCCAGACAGGAGCGUGUGGCCAUAAAGAGAAUCAACCUGGAAAAAUGCCAGACCAGCAUGGAUGAGCUGUUGAAAGAAAUUCAGGCAAUGAGCCAGUGCAACCAUCCCAAUGUUGUCACCUACUACACCUCGUUUGUCGUGAAGGAUGAACUUUGGUUAGUCAUGAAGCUUCUGAGUGGAGGCUCUAUGCUGGAUAUAAUUAAGCACACAAGCAAAGAUGAGGACAAAAAUCGAUCUCUAGAUGAGCCUAUCAUUGCUACUAUAUUAAAAGAAGUGCUAGAGGGCCUGGACUAUCUGCACAGAAAUGGACAGAUUCACAGGGAUGUGAAAGCUGGGAACAUACUACUGGGAGAGGAUGGAUCUGUUCAGAUUGCAGAUUUCGGAGUAAGCGCAUUCCUGGCUACAGGCGGGGAUAUGACAAGAAACAAAGUACGAAAGACCUUUGUUGGCACACCAUGCUGGAUGGCACCGGAGGUGAUGGAACAGGUACGAGGCUAUGAUUUCAAAGCAGAUAUAUGGAGUUUUGGAAUUACAGCCAUAGAGUUAGCAACAGGCUCCGCACCCUAUCACCGCUACCCUCCCAUGAAGGUUUUAAUGCUUACCCUACAGAACGAUCCACCCACUCUAGAGACGGGUGUGGAGGACAAGGAAAUGCUAAAAAAAUACGGCAAAUCAUUUAGAAAGCUAAUAACUAUGUGCCUUCAGAAGGAUCCUGCCAAAAGGCCGACAGCCGCAGAGCUUUUGAAGUGUAAAUUCUUCCAGAAGGCCAAGAACAAAGAAUAUCUGGUUGAGAAGCUUUUGUGUCGUGCGCCAAAGAUUUCCCAGAGAGCUAAGAAGGACCCUGAACAGAAGUGGGGGAGCCUUGGUUCUAUGUCAGGUUUGGAAAAUAAACCUGACACCACCAGAAGGGUGAGGAGGGUCCCAGGCUCCAGCGGUCACCUGCACAAGACAGAGGAUGGAGACUGGGAGUGGAGCGAUGAUGAGCUGGACGAGGGCAGCGAGGAGGGCAAGGCGGCGGUGAAUCAGGGCAGGUCACGAAGGGUCAAAGAUGAGGCCAAAGAUAAUGAGGAGAAUGCCAACAAUGUUCCUAUUGAAGGGUUGUCUAUUCAGCAUCCCGAGGUUGAACCAUAUGUGGAUACACCAUACAUUCAAGGUGCUGUGAACAUGGUACUACGGCUAAGGAACUCUAGAAAGGAGCUGAAUGACAUCCGGUUUGAAUUCACUCCUGGGCGAGACACUGCUGAUGGCGUUUCCCAGGAACUGUUCUCAGCCGGUCUGGUCAACGGGCACGAUGUCGUAAUUGUUGCUGCCAACCUUCAGAAGAUUGUAGACGACCCGACUACCUACAAAGUAUUGACCUUCAAACUGGCGUCCAGCUGCGACGACACGGAGAUCCCGGACGAGGUGAAGCUGAUCGGCUUUGCACAGCUAAGUGUUAGCUGAUGCUCUCUUCAUGCCUGAAGCAGGUGAGACAAGGGAGACAGUUCAGGGCAGACAGACUGAGGAACACACCACCACCUCCUGCAACAUCUUCCCCAACACCUUCCCUGAAAACUCACCCCACCCCCACCUCCUCCUCCCUCACUCCUUUUCACCUUCCCCGAGUCCAAGCUAUGCCACCGCCCCCGCCUUCACUUCCUUAGCGCAGACUUCCCUGCUCACUGCCCCCUCCGACCUUUAACCUUAACAACAUUCCACCGCCCAGCGCACAGACCGGGAUCAGGAUACAGCCCAGGAACCUAAAGAUGUACUCAGGUGGUGAAAGAAGAUGAUUAAGAUGUAGCUUUGAAUGUUUUAUUUAUUUUUUUUUUCUUUUACUCGUUUUUAUUUUACAUCUCAUUACCUCUGUGUUCAGCAAAGCUCUCAUUAUUUAUUGAAAUGAGAAAAUAUUUUUCAAAUUUUUUUUCUCUCAUGCUGUUUUGUUGCCACAGUGAAAACAAAUUUGCUUUGACUCACACCUCACCAACCCACCCAGAAUGUAAGACUUAGUGAAUUUAUGGGGGACAAGCACAUUUUCAUAAUAACAUAACGAAUGUCUAAAAAAAGACUGAAUUGUAUUUCUGUGUCAACACCUGUUUGACAUCGACAAGAAGGGAAACAUUUGCUUGAGUGUGCAGAAAAAAAAACGAGACCUGGACGUUACUGUGUAUAAUUUGCUGCUCUCGACAGUGUUAAUGCUUCAAAAUGCUAGAGGUGCCUUGUUCAUUUUUCUGUGCCUGAGAAAGUAGUCAAUGAGUGAGACCACACAAAGAGCAGAACCUGCUGAUUUCCAUUUCACAAAUGUAUUACUCCAGCAAUGACACAAUUCACGUGAAGUAUCUUAAUGAGAGAAGCUACAAUGCACUUUUUUGGGCUGAGUGUGUGCCCCCCGACAAGCUGAUGCUUAGCCCCUGGAGACAAGUUAACUCGUGUGCUUUCGUCACCAGACUCAUAAAACAUAACAGAACCUGUACUCAUUUAAUCCGCUCUGGUUGAUGUGUUUUCUGAUGCCAGGCUAAUAGACAAAAACCCAACAGUUAAACCUUCUUGCUCUGUCCUGCUGCACUACAAAAAAAAUUUUUUUUUUUUUGUUCCCAAAAAUAUAGUAGUUACUAAAAUGUACUGUAUGACAAUGCAUCUGAGGAUGAAACCAAAAGGCAUCUAUUGAAAGGGUGACGAGCCAUUUGUUUGUUCAAACAAGUCUGGUAGCUCGAAAUUAUUUUUCAGUAUUGAGGUGGUAAAUAUUAACUUCUACUAAAUUCUUUAUUUUAUCAAGUAAUUUAUUGUGUUUUCUAUGUACAGUAUGUGUACCAUUUCAGCAUAUUACCCCUGUUCCCUCUCUGUAAUCUGCUGAUGUCAAAUUUCUGACAAGGAGCAACAAAUAAAGAAGAAUUGCUAUUAUUUAAAAAAAAAAAAAGGUGUGGAGUAUUUCAUAUUAGCUUAAAUACUAAGUUUGCUAAUUUUAGCAAACUUUAGAUGGAUCUUACUGUGUAAGAAACAUUAUGGAGUGAAUUUACUGACUUUAUGAUUUGUUUGUACCUAUGCUACUGUUACACUACAUUCAGCCUUAACCUGUCAUUUCAGAUAUGUGACCAAAUGUUGCUAGUGAGGAAAUAUUAGAUUGAUGUGCUUUAAAUAAUAAAUGAUAAAUAAAUAAAAACAAUAAUUUUAA